AUGACAGACUUGCAAGACAUUCUGGAGAUUGAAGAGACGUGCUACUGGAUUGAAGACUAUUUUAUUAACCAAUCGGUAGCGACCCAUCUGAUCCCGGCUCAUGUCGAUUUCUUCAACCAAUACACCCCCGAGGAUGCUGAGUGCUUACACGUUCAAAAAGCCUAUAGUCACUGUGGUUUUUGCCAACAGAAAAAUCAGUGGGAGCGAGAUGCCUGUCUCUACUAUGCUUACGCACCCAAUUGUGGUGGGCAACCUUCCCUGGAACAAGUCUUGGCAGAUGAUGACAGAUAUCCACAGUACAAGACCCCACAAGAUGUCAAUCAAACAUGUGCAAUCUUGAAAGCGCUCGAGGAACUACAUUUCGCGCCAAGAACGUAUCAAGUCUGCGAGGAAUCCCGUCUAGUCAGACAUCUCUGUCCGGGGGAAUGUCAAGGAGGCUGUUUUGAUGAGGAACAGUACGCCCCCACCUGUCACCAACCCAAUAACAGCUCACUUAUCAUGGGUGACCAGCUCGACGAACUCGAUCAGGAAAUCUGUGAAAUUAUCCAGGCACAGGCAUUUCGAACCUUGAACCGAUCCCAAUUCAUGGAUCCGGCCAACCAUUUGGAAUACCUUUCAGUCUUUGACAAACAAGACCCUGAGUGUCUGGCACUUCGAAAUGGCUACCAUUUAUGUCUUUGGUGUACGGGAGGUGACUUUUGUUUUCAAACAGAGGAGUCCCUCUCUUGCGAGCCUCCGCCAACACCAACACCACCAAAUCGACGUGGAGAAGCCGAGGAGGUUUGCUUUGACCUGUUUUGGGAUUUCUUUGAUUUCGACAAUCCACACAGAGUUUACGAUUUGGAGGCUCAUAGAGACCAUCUCACGUAUAUGGAAAACGACACUUUGUGCGAAUUUGCCCGAAUGUACUACCAUCAAUGUGCCUGGUGUGAUGAAUUCGCCGUCCAAGCGGACUGUCUUCUGGCCAGUCCCUGUGAUACAAAUGCCACCGUACCGGAAGGGUACAACUCGAUAAUCUUGGCGGCAUAUGACGGUCCGCUGGAGGAAUUUUGUGAAAAUGUUACCAGCUUGUUUAACGAUGGGUAUAUCCAUGCCACCACCGAAAAUUGCUUUGAGUCCAUCUUUCUCGCCCGCAUGUGUCCAGAAACACUGUGCCCCCAGCCACCCAAGCCCACUGAACGCUCCAAGGAUUACCUAGGCACUAUCAAUCAAGCACAACGAAAGGCAUUGAUUUGGGCUUCUCGCACAUCGGCCAUUUUGUCCUUUGGUGGAGCAUCCUACGUUUUGUACGAUACCCUGUCGGACCCCAAGGCCAGAUCCACAGUGUUCCACAGCCUGCUCAUUGCAAUGGCUGUAUUCGAUAUUGUGACGGCCUCAGCUUGGUUUGCCGCUACGGCCCCUUUUGACAAGGAACAAGCAGGACAUGUGGAAGGUGCCAUGGGAAAUCAGGCCACCUGCAAGACCCAAGCGUUCUUUGUUCAACUGGGAAUUACCUCAAUCUACUACAAUGCCUCCCUUUCCAUCUACUACUUUUUGGUCAUUGUAAAAGGUUGGAGAGAGUUCCAGCUCAAAAAGAUACAACUCUAUUUGCAUGCUGCACCAUUGGCUGUUGGAUUGGGGCUGGCCUUUGGAGCCAUUCCCAUUUAUCACUGGAUUGAGUAUGGGUGCCACAUACUACCACCACCCGAAGGCAAACUCUGGCAUGUCUUGUUGUUUGUGGUCAUACCGGUUGCUCUGUCUAUCCUGGCCAUUACAGGAUUCAUGCUGUUGGUGUACUGCAAAGUCCGGCAACAAUCCGCUUCAGCACGGAGGUGGACCAUGGGGGUGGGACAGGCGAGCAAAAUGGAGCAAGCUGUCUUUUGGCAAUGUUUUCUUUUCAUGCUGGCAUUCUACAUCACCUGGCCCAUUACCUUCAGUGUCUAUCUGGAUGCCAUAGACGACAAGCUCGACAACUUUGGGUUGUCUUUGACAGUUGCCUUUGUGGCACCUCUUCAAGGGUUCAACAACUUUUUGGUGUACAUUCGCCCCAAACUGGCAAAUAGGCAACGGAGCACGGCCGAGGGGUCCUCCAGCGGCUACCUCACAAGGAUUUGGGCAAAGGUGGCAUCGAUAUUUCCCACCAACUCCCGUGGUUCGUUUGACAAUCAGAGUCCUUUUGGCAGCAUGGAUCCUUCUGCUGUGAUUGCUUUGCAGAGGGACGCUGACUUUAGCGGCCAGCAGGCGCAAACAAAUACCGACUUGCCCAUCAUUGAAGAGGCAGUCCACAGUGAAGGAGGUAGAAGCAGGAGCUCCUCAAAGAUGGAGCCAUACAUAUCGCACAGCUCCAACAAGUCAGCAGGCAUUGAGGAGGCAUCGGACCAGCAAUAUCGCAAUCACGCCUCCUUUGUGAAUGAGCACAAAAACACAGAGGUUGUGCUGGGACAAAUCCCUCUUGGUGUACCGGUAGCACCAGCGGGAUCGGAAGCUAGUAAUGAAGAAUCGAAGGAAUCCACUUGUGUGCGAGGACGACAGCUAAUGCAGGGAUCGCGACAGCUAAUGCAGGGAUCGCUACAAAACGGCCUUCCUGUGGACAGCCAAGAACCACUUGACCAAGUGUCUACUGCCUCUUAUCCUUUGUUCGAAAUCCCUCAGCGAAAGGAUUGGAGUCAGUAUUUUCUACAGGGAAAUAGUCAAGAUUCCUGA